CCUGGACGAAUUGGCCAUCGAACUUCUCCAAAGUCACCAAACCGGCUAGAAAUUGGCAGGCAAUCCGAACCCACCUGUCAAAUAGUAGAGUGAAGAAUCAAUCGUAAAGACUUUGCACGAGAAAGAACACACUAGAAUCUCUCUGCUUUCCAGCUGAUAUGAUCAACGACGUCAUCAUUUGUUGGGACCCUUCUGUUUUCUCGUAUGAAAGAAAACAACAGUAGGCAGCAUACGAAUUCUGUUGUCUUCCAUCUAAUAUUUCUCCAGUUUACUAGUCAAACUUGUAUAAUUCCACGAACCACUCCCUGCUCCAAGUCUUCUGCAGUCUGCAGCACCAUUCAUUUCUAGUAAGACCUUAGACAUCAUAAAAGAAAGGAGAAAAAGAAAAGAAAAGAAGAGAAAAAACUUAGACAACCUAGUCACCAUCACCACUCACCAGGACACCUCUGCCUUCGACUUUUAUGUCCAAACCAAACAAAUUUUCAAUCACUGGACUGAUAUAUGAUAAGGCAAUCAAACCUUUUUACCAGCUUCAUCUGAGAAAAGCUUUCAUCUUGCUAAUCUACAGUGACCUGACCCUCAAAAAGCUCAUAACUUUGUCUUCCCAUAAGCUUUAGAAAACUGACCCAGUAGAUACUUCGUUGCUUAGAAUGGUGGGUUGCAGUGCUGACGGGGACCUGAAUGAAGAAAAGUACACUCGGCCUCUGCCAUGGAUUGGACUCUAUGUAGCAGCAGCAUCUCUAGCCUGUGCAAUUGCCAUGGCUGCAGAUUUCAUCCACAGUUGCCGUCACAAGAAAUUCUGGUUCCCUAAUAAGUUCUUCUCCAUCAACGCAACUUCACUGACCAUCGUAGCAGUUGCAGUCAAGCUCUCAGUGGAUCUCAACACCCCCAUGCCCAGCCGAAACGACCAGCUCUCCAAACUCAGCAGUGGUGUGUUGGUCUGCGUGGUAAUUGCAAACUCGAUGCCUUCGCUAGGAACGGUGCAGAACAAGGAAAUCAUGAUGAAUAUCAUGGCUUUUGCAAUACUGGUGGUCACUGUUUUAGUCAACAUAGCGAUCCAAUUGGGCACUGGGGUGAUCUAUGUUUGCUGGUGGGAGCAUGUUGGCGUGAUGUCUCUUAUGCUUGUGAUGCUCUUAAUCUUGGGCUCAUCUGCUUUAGCUGUGGCAACAACCAAGACAGAGUUAGAGUUCAUGUACAAGAAGAAAUGUGACAUGGCUAUGCAAGAGGGGUCGAAGGAUAUGAAUAGAAGAACGCCAGAGGAGUUGAAAGAAGACCUGAUGAAGUUCUGGAUAAUGGCACACACCAGCAACCCUCAAUUUGUAAUGGGGCGUUCAGUUACUUGUGCUGCCUCAGGUGCACUGUGUCUCCUUGGCACCACAGUUCUUGCAGAGGCAAUGCUGAGGUCAUUUUUCAUGCCAGGAUCCUUCAAAUUUUGUGCAGGGGAGUCUGACUACCAAUGGUCAACGACUUUAGUCCUCGUCGCACAGGCUUUAGCAGUUGGGGUUGGUAGUGUGGCACCAGCAGUCAGGUGGUUCAGUUCAGUGUUAUACAGGUUGCCAAGAAACCGGAAGAUAAAUUGUACAGGAAUAUGUUUCAAAGUGGAGAAGUACUGGAUUCAGUGUCUGGUAGAGAUCAAAGAGUGUCCAUUCAUACGCAUCGAAAGCCAGCUACUCCGAAAACUUGCACAUGAAGCAAAGCGCAGUUGCUUGGACACUAUUAUUCGAGCGCAAAAUGGAAUAGUAAUGGGAUGCAAAUUGAUUCAAUUCAUUUCCAUCUUCUGUGCAUGCAUAAUUGUGAAGGUCUGUGAUUCGUGCAGCAAGUUGAAGAAGCUGCUACCAAGUGAAAGCAUUUCAGCUGAUCAGAGCAUGGAGACCAAAAACUUAGAUCUAAGCCGCUUCGUUUUGCAUUUUGAAGGCGAGGAAGAACUUGUGGAAGUGACAAUGAAGAAGAAUUGUACUGCCACAGAUAACUGGAUGCGGGAGGGGGAAAAGAAACAGCCAAAACAUCUCACUGACCUGUUGAAAAGGGCAACCUUUGCAGAAGGAUUCAAGGGAGUAAGAGAAAUUGACUGCGACCAAGUUUGCAGCCUGGAUUGUGAAGAGCCUCCACAACCUUGGUCUCUUCCUAUAGUUACUUUAACAGCCAUUGCAAUUUCACUCCCAAAUAUAAGUAGUUGUUCGGUCAAACAGUUGUUGCGCAGUGUACAUGAGGGGCUCGUGUAUGUCAAACUCAUAGAAGAACAUUUGGAUGGGAAAGAAGAGCUGACUAACACAAGAAGAGCAGCAUUUAAAGUGUGGUCGGGUGUCGACAUAUACCACAAAUGGCUGGAUGUGGAUCUUCAUAAACUAUCAUUGAAAUCGAAAAGCACAAGAGAAGUACUCGAACUGCUAGUUGAAGGUGGAAAGAGCAGGCUUACAGAGUUUAAGAAUGCAUAUCCAACUGAAUGCCCAAGGAUCAACCCUUCAGAAUGGCACGCCGAGGCAUUGGCAGCUAAUUCCAUGUAUAGAAUAAGCAGCACCAUUCUGAAAAACUAUCAGCACUACAACAUGGCUCCAGGGGAAAGCUUAUUUCCAUCACUUGUUGUGCUGAUCUCCGAUCUAUUGGCAGCUUGUCUCACUAACUUGAGACCAUUCAUAUUCAGCAAGUGUUUGAAGACCACAAUUGAAGAGAGAAAAGGCAGUGUCAGGGAAGCAGUCUACAUCCUUGGCCAGAUGGUAGAGAUAGUGAAACUUCUUGACCAAAGUUCACUAUCCAUUGUGUACUCCGACAAAAUCACAACCAUUGCGGACUGGCGUUCAUUGCACAAAGCGAUCAAACCUCUGGCAAUAGCUCCUCAUCCAACAAUGGUUGAUACAGCUUCAAUCAAUGCAGGAUAGAAGUACCUAAUCAUCAGCUGAAAUACAGUGUACCCUACGCAGCUAAUACAGGAUAUGUUAUCUUGUAAUAAGAUUUUCAUCUGUUGUUAUGGAAUAUAAGUGAAAGGCUUCAACUACUUUACUACAGCUAACUCUUUGCACAGACAAGUCAUUCAGAUGUUAUAACUUUAUUUUAGCUACUGUGUAUCAUAGACAAUAAUGUCAAUAUGCCAAAGACCAUAGACUAUGGAUUAUCAACCUAGUUGAUUAUCUAUAAGCUAGCAAGUGAAUGGAUUAGCCAAGAAAAUCAAAGCACUCAUAGGCUUGUGUCAUUUUCACAGAAUUUGGUACAAACAGCCAUUCACCACUAAAGCAUAACACAUAGAAUUAGAAGCAAAUGGAAGAGGUGAAGCACUCCAAUGAGCUUCUGCUUACUAAAGCAUAACUUACGUCCACUCACACACUCUUCACCCAAUAUAUUUGACUGUCUCACAGCAAUUAAGAAACUGAGUUGUUCUCCUUGAAAGUGAAUCAAUCGACAAUCAUAAACUUAUAGGAACAGCAAUCUGCGGAUAGUAGUAUAAAGCGAAGACAAGUCCACAUUAGCACUAAUAACCAGCCGACAACACAUUCUCUGCACUCAGCAAAUGUUAAAUGUUUCCGACUUUGUUCCUUUUGCAAUAUAAUGGCAUGAAAAUUCAUGAUUAAGAACCGAAAGAAAGUUCGGUAUACAAUGAUAGCAUACAUGGCUUGCUUCUAAGCAUUCAAAUUUGAAGCAGAAUCUGCUAUAAUACCAGCAUUGUGAUUCUUGAAGCGCAACCCAAGCUUAACAAAACACAAGGAAGAAGCUUCUGUACAUCCAAAAUAGCCAUUGGAGUAAUGAACAGCAUAAAGAGACUCCUGAAGUAGAACUGAGAAUUCCCAAAGAUCGCAAGAACGCAAAGAGGCAAAGUAAUUCUAUUUAUUCACCCUGAUUUCCAUUGACAAAGUUCGAUAUUGAAGCAAAUAAGAAACAAAGGUUUAACAAGGGGAAAAAGGACCUAAACAAUCCCCUGACAAAAAUUGUCACCGCCAAAUCGAAGACGUAACAAGGAAACAACACCGGACCUAAAAGGAAAAGAGAAUCAAAUUCAAUCCUCCACGUCUCUCUUCUUCGGCUUCCUGUACGAUUCCUCGAUGCUUUUGGCGAUGGCCACCCCGGCGUUGGCCAUCUUGUGUAUGUUAGGGACGUUAUAGUUCUGAGCUAUGUAGAUACCGAAGAACGUACCGAGCAUGAGAUUGAACCCGCUCCUGAUAAUCCCCAUGGCCGCCGCCCCCAGCUGAUUCCCCGAAACCUCCGACGAGUUCUAAUCGGAACCCUUGAAACCCUACUUCUCUCGGUUACUCGACUUUGCCGGAGAUCGAUUUGUCGACUAGGGUUUUAUUUAAGCUGCCGGGGAGGCCUGGCUAACCCCUUCUCCAAGAUUUGCUGAUUUGCCGGGCAAGCGGAAUUAUUAUUUGUUUUUUGACGGAGGAAGAGAGGAGGGAAAAUUCUGGCAGUGGGAGGGACUCGCACGGUAUUGGCUUAGCAGCUCCUGCAGGGCCCACUGCGGUUGCUGCCCGUACGUACUAACGUAUGCCGCAAGUGGGAUCCUUUCCAACAGGCCGUUCCGGUUUAGUCAUUAUUCUGAGUUCCCAAAAUCCUGGGCUGGGAAGCCCAAAGACAGAGGGCCAACUUCCGCAGCUCGGGUCUGGAAAAUGCGGGCCUAGUAGUUUCUCUAGUUUGGGCCAAUUGCUGGCUGAGAGCAAGACCGCAGACAAAACCUCCAUUUUUUAGUCUUAGGAAUUAGGAUGCCUCUAUUGGGACGGUUCGUCUGAUGCAGGAUGGUGUUUCCAAUUGCAACUACGACAAUCAUUUAUGCAGGGAUUAAAGAUGCUCAUGUUUU